AAUCAAAGUUUUUAAACUUUAUUUAUUGAAUGUUCACCUGCUAAUGUUUAAAUUUACCGCUUGGUUUCACGUCAGACGUCAAUGAUAAGGUUAGAUCAUACAGGCUUUGUUUUUUUCUUUUGAAGCGUCGUCUCUUCAAAGCGUGUUGUUCGAAUCCAAAACUAUAUAAUAAAUUGAGUUUAUUAAAGAUAAUAAAUUAAUUAUGGCUGAGAGUGAUGCAAACAGCGCGAGGCCAAACAUUAGGAUCGAAAUCCAUAAUAGUUUUGCCGAAUCCAUGGACGUGGAUCUGGAAAACUCCGCCACAAAGUUAAGCGAUGGCGAAGAAGGAGAAAUCAUCGAGGAAUCAGUGGAUUUUGACGAUAUUAUUGAUAACACCAUUACUUAUCCAUCAAGACCAAGUUCUCAACACCAAAGAAAAGCGCAAUCUUCUGGUCCCAACAAUUUUGACAAGGAUGAUCUAAAUAAACGUUUGGAGAGAGCCAAUAGAUUCCAGAUGGACAACAAAGAAGCAGUCAAACUUACAAGAGAAAACUUUGAAACCCUGCAUGAGAGUUUGGGCAUUAAUCAUGAUAAUGAAGAUGAGGUGUGUUUUGACACUUUGCAUCUUCAUGGCACUGAAAAAAUGAGCUCACAUCAUUUAUUAGAGUACUUUGACAAAUUUUCACCACUUGCAAUUGAAUGGGUAGACAAUAAUGCAUGUAAUGUCUUGUGGUCAGAUGAUGUAUCAUCAGCCAGGGCUUUAUUUCAUAUGUCCAAGCCUAUAAAAGGAUUACCAGUGGAAGCUGGUCAUGUACCUGAAAUAGGAAAAAGUAUUCUAUUAAAAAAUAAUAAUGGAGAUGCUGAAGAAGAUGAUGAAAAUGGAGAAGGAGUCUCCAUAUCUGAUAUUAACAUACCUAUUCCGCCUGGUUAUUGGCGUUUGGGUGCGCCACACCAGAAAUCAACAUGUAUCUUAAUCAGGUUUGCACUUAUCUCAGACCGAAGAGUUUUAAAUUCAGAAAGAGGUGGUGGGAUCAUUUCCGAGUCGAAGAAAGCUGAAUUUCGAGGAAUAUUUGAACGUAAUCGCGACAUUCCCACGAAAAAUCCGUGGGGUGAUCUUGCACGAUCGUGGAACAGAGAUAAGAAAACAGAAGAUGUAGCGGAGCCUGUCGUCCAGCCAGCACCACAAUUGAAGCACAGAUUAGGUUUCAAACGAAGCCAAGAGACUGCUUUUGAGAAGGAUAAGGAUGCAGAGGAAAUUAAACCUGUGGAAAAACCCAAAAUACCUCGUAUGCGUAUGUAUGCCGAUGAGGAAGAAGCAAAAAUCAAGCGAAAAAAGGCUUUGGAUGCCAUUAAACGCGCUGCAAAUCCGCCGAAAACCGAAGUAGAACCACGCACGAAUGAUUUACGUUCAAUGAUUCGUGGAAAAGCUGGGCAACCACGUGAAAUCCUUCAUAACUUCGAAGCAAAUGAUGAUGUUGACGAUAUUUUUGAUCAUCGAGACCCCGAAAGUGAAUUGCCUCAAAGGUCUGAAGUCGAUUUAUCUUGUAGAUUAACUAGUUCAAGAUUAAAGUUUACAAAUCCUGCUCCGUUAACGAUUCAAAAGCGUAAUGAUACCACGGACGUUCGACAACGCCUUGAUAACAAGAAAACGAAACAACAUCGUUUCAGAGAUGAGUUACUUAAGAACAGGCGUCAUAAGUCACCAACGCCACCACCGAGAGAAUCACGUAAUAGAAAUUAUGAUAAACGUUCGAGGCACAUGGACGUGGAAAAUGAGCAGUCUUAUUCUGAGGAAGAUGAAGACAUGAAAACCAACAGUAAAGUAACCGUAGUUAUUAAAAAACCGAAACAACCCACGGUGGCUUCCACUGUUUGGUCAAGAGUAAACACUGCUGCAAGAGGCAAUCCUUCAGUGAAGGAUAGAUUACAAAUGCCAGCUGCAGGUUCACGUGGCAGAAAAACACGAGAUUCUCGCACGUCAAGUGAAGAUGAUAGUGGCGACAGUAGCGGUGAUGCUUCUUCCAAUGAAGACGAUAGUAUGAAUCUUGGGGAUGGGGAUGUAGGCAAUGGCAACGCUAAAAUUCUUGAUCGUCCCGGUUUUAAGAAUUUUGGUCGUAUGGCAUCGGACAAAAUGGGAGAUCAUAAGAGUCCAUUGCGAAUUGAAAUUAAUAAUGAUCAUUAUAAGAAAUAAUUUCUUAUGUGUGUGGUUGUUUUAUCUUAUUUUGCCUAAGCAAUCUGUAAAUGGUAGGCAAUUUAUUUUUCGUGGUUGAAACGAAUAGAAAUCCUAAAGAUUUAGUUUAGCUAUAAAAUGACCUUAUUUAACAGUUGCAUUGUCCAACUUUUAAAUAAAUUAAUUAUUUGGUUUUAUCCAAUAUAUUUACUAUGUUUUGACAUUUGCAAAUCCUCCCUAUUGCGAUGUUUGUUUGUAUGAAGUAUGAGGAAUUGCGAAAAAUGAGGUGAAGAAAACUGAUGACAAAUCUUAGGUCAGUGUUUACCAAUUUUUGCCAAGCUGUUGUACCUCGGAAAUAGGAAUAAACGUAAACAUACUAGUGUA